GUGUGAGGCAAAGUUGGGAUAUUUUAUCUGUAAAACCACUGCUGAACUGUACAGAGAACUGUUGUCUCAGGUCACGUAAGACUCUUUUCAUGAAAGGCCGUUUCCUUGUUUGGGAGUUGGCAAUACUGCUUAUAUUGCUCUGUAGUGUUUUGAAUACCACCAUUUUCUCCCUUUGUAAAGGAAGGAGGUUUCAGAGUGCUUUGAAGUCUGUUUUUAUCUUCUUUCAUCUCCUUUCACUCUCAAAACUGAGGCUGUGAGAGCUGCACCAUCUCCCCUUGCCUUCCCAUUUGAGAGCUGUGAUUUUUCAGAGGAAGAGAUGGAAAUGCCCUUUGAUUGCUAUGAAGGGGCAACUGUGACAUCUUCCUGGAAAGUUGAGCACAGGGAGAGAUCAAAUGCUCUGAUUUGAAGUCCAUUGUGUGUGUUCACAGCAUACAAAUGGCACUUGAGCUAAAUGCUACUUGUGUUCACCUUGGAAGAAAAUCAGAUGGCAGUUAAGGCUGCAUGGAGCCACCCUUGGCGAUGCACUCUCUGAUGCAAGCUGCGCUUCUCAUUGCUAUCACCUUGCUUCCCGCCCGCCCCGCAGCCCCUGCGGGCUCCCGCCAGAACCACCUCAGUAGCUUUUCUUGGGAUAACUGUGACGACGGGAAAAACCCUGUAAUCGUCAACAGCCUGACGCUGGAACCUGACCCCAUUGUCAUUCCCGGGAAUGUGACCAUCGGUGCUGAGGUCAAGACCAGUGUACCCCUCGUGUCUCCUCAGAAGGUGGUAUUAACUGUGGAGAAGAAAGUGGCAGGUGUCUGGAUCAAGAUCCCCUGCGUGGAACAGCUCGGCAGCUGCACCUAUGACAACGUCUGUAAUGUGCUGGACAUGCUCGUUCCCCCUGGGAAGUCGUGCUCAGAGCUGCUGCACGCCGAUGGGCUUCCCUGCCACUGCCCCAUUAAAGAGGGUACCUACUCAUUGCCCAGCCGUGUUUUCACAGUGCCUGAGAUGGAGCUGCCCAACUGGCUCGUCACCGGGAACUACUACAUCCAAGGCGUUCUAAGCAGUGGGGAGAAACGUCUGGCCUGCGUCAAGAUCUCCGCCUCUGUAAAGGCUUCUGCACCACCUAGCACACACGGCCCAAUAAAGAUGAUCUAAUGAAUAAAGGUUUGCGGAAACUACCAAAAGAAUAACUGAAUUCCCCAUAUCUCCAGUUAUGGCCAACAUGCAAUAUUCAAGUGCCAUCACAAGGGGAACAUUCUUAGGAUGAAACUUGUUAUCAUCAAUGUCACCUAUGUCAUCAGUAAAGGGUAGUCAUCAACUGACUACAAAAUAAUUAUUUACAUGCACUGUGUGUCCUCAGGAAGUGCCUAUAACUCACUAUGAAAGUGGAAAUGCAAGCGAAAUUUUACAUUUUAUCAUGCAAAAAUAAAAACUAAAUUAACUAUAAAUAUCAGCCUUUAGAUCUUUUGUGUACCUUUACAUUUGUGUUGUAUCUGGCACAUAGUAAGUACUUAAUACUCAACAAAUGUAAUUAAAUAAAUAAACACAUAUAUUUGGAUAGCUGAACUUAGUGUACACAAGGGAUUAAGAAUUCUGAGGCCAGGCAGGUCAGCCUCAAAACUCUCCCACUUCCUCGUCCUCCAUCGCCUAGUCUGACUCCAGCUGGACCUUUGCGUAGCCCUCAUAUCUCUGUGGAUGAGCGUGGUUGUUUCGCUAGUCACUCAGGUAGUGCUCAGGAUGUUUUGGUGUACCCGAAUGAGAGUAGCUGAUUCUUACUUUUUUAGUGACCUCAUAGACAUAGUAAAAUACCAGAAACCAUGACAGGACUUACGUGCUCUUUGACUUACCAUGGUGUUGCAUCCUGAUAAACCCAGGGUAAGCUGAAAAUUUUGUGAGCUGGGAAUGUGUUUAGUACACCUUGGCUUUGUGAUACAAUAUACUGUAGCGUGUGGUAAUUUACCCCAAAGAAUGUGGUUGAUUGGGAGCUGCCUCUGCCCAUCAUCACAGAAGACUAUCGUACCACUUAUUGCAAGCCCAGAGAAAGAUCAAUAUUCAAAAUUCAAAGAAUAGUUUCUACUCAGUUUGUAUGGCUACUGAAAAUUUGUUCCUUGCCCUCAGUGCCAAAUCAAAAUAAUGAGGACAAGAUUUGAGGGAAAAGGAAAGCUUAAUCUAUUGACAGCUGAGGGGCCAACUGACCUUGGAGUCUCAAGAAAUACCUCCCUGCUCAAUGAGGGUGCCUUGGGGUUGUUAGAGAGAUUGUUAGAAAGGGAAAGCAGGUCUGAAUCAUGAACUAACUGCAAAACUUUGGUGUCAGGCAGCAAGGCUUGUUGCUAGACUGGUGGCAAAACAUUCCUUCCCUGUUUCACCAUGGUGGUCCUUGGGGUCCACAGGUAGUGAGAUUAGACUUAGCCUGACCGAUUUGUCUCGCUCUGAUUGGUUGGUAUGAUGGCCAAUUGCUCCUCACUCAGGCAGUAUGGGGGCUGCAUGCAGGUGGUAGUUCUUUUCUGCCCUGGACCUGGUAUUCCCCUGCCCAGACCCGGAAUUUUCCUAAAUGAAACCCCUGAAGACAGUACUGGCAACUAAGGUGUUAUC